ACUGUCACCCGACAAAAGUCACUCAGGCGGUGCUGGGUUGUUUUGCUAAAGCACUAUCCUCCUUGCUAGCAGCCUCGGUCUGAGAAAUUAAUUCUCGCAUUUUUCGAUUGUUGAAGUUUUCAAUGAAAUCGUAUCACAUCACGUAGGUCAUAAAUCGUAGGAAGUCAGACUGAGAUAAUUUGUCAUUUCAGUGUAGUUUCCCAAGCGAUUCCCAGCAUGACUUCUCGUCGGCCUGACAGCUUCGAUGGUUUGGGUUACAGGGGCAGAGAGGAUCCGUCAUUCAGCGGGGGCUAUUCGGGCAGGUCAUUCAAUAAUUCAUCCGGAUCUGACCUUCAGCACUGGGUCACCACGCCUCCAGAUAUACCUGGCAGCAGAAACCUGCAUUUUGGCGAUCGCACACCCCAAUUCGAGACGGCACCUGCCCCACCUGAAACAGCAGAAGAAGCCCAAUCAGCGGCUCCACCGUCCGAACAGCUGAACAGAUUUGCUGGGUUUGGGAUAGGUCUCGCAAGCCUCUUCACAGAAAAUGUCCUGGCACAUCCCUGCAUUGUGUUUCGACGUCAGUGUCAGGUGAAUUACCAUGCCAGGUGUUAUCACUUGUCCCCACUGACUGCUAUCAGCGUGAUGUACAAUGUCACCAAAACUCAGGGUCCAAAGGCUUUAUGGAAAGGAAUGGGCAGCACUUUUGUGGUACAGGGGGUCACGCUGGGAACAGAGGGCAUCAUUAGCGAAUGUACACCUUUACCAAGGGAGUUAUCACACAAGUGGAACCCUAAACAAGUUGUGGGACACUUAGUACUCAAAGGUCUGAUAAUGAUAUUGAUUUUGCCUUUUUUCUGCUUUGUCUUCAUGUUCUCUCACCAGAGUGAAAUAAUCCGAGACAACCCUGGCAUCCUGGACUGUGUGAAAGAGGGUAUUGGGCGUGUAAUAGGAAUGGGAGUGCCCCACAGCAAGCGUCUCCUUCCACUCUGGAACCUGCUGUUCCCCACCGUCCUCCACGGCCUCCUACACUAUGUUAUCAGUUCCAGCGUGCAGCGGCUGGUUCUUUACCUGCUGCGGCGACGGAACACCGGCUCACCAAAGCACUCGUCCCCUGACUCGCAAACGGACGCGGUCCAGUCUAUGCUGGAUGCAUACUUCCCUGAGCUCAUGGCCAGCUUUGCUGCCAGCCUGUGCGCAGAUGUGCUGCUGUUUCCUUUGGAAACGGUGUUGCACAGGCUGCAUAUCCAGGGAACACGCACUAUCAUCGACAACACUGACCUGGGUUUCGAAGUUUUGCCCAUUAACACUCAAUAUGAAGGAAUGAGAGACUGUAUUAAUGCUAUUCGGCGUGAGGAGGGCACCAUGGGCUUCUACAAGGGCUUCGGCUCCAUCGUGGUGCAGUACUCACUUCACGCCGCAGUUCUGCAGUUCACCAAGAUGAUCUACUCAACGCUGCUGCGAAACACUUAAAUAAAAUGAUUCAGAAAACA